AUGGGCUCGGGGCGCGUGCCCGGGCUCUGCCUGCUGGUCCUGCUGGUCCACGCGCGAGCCGCCCAGCACAGCAAAGCCGCGCAAGAUGUGGACGAGUGUGUGGAGGGGACCGAUCACUGCCACAUCGACGCCAUCUGCCAGAACACCCCGAGGUCCUACAAGUGCACCUGCAAGUCGGGCUACACGGGGGACGGGAAACACUGCAAAGACGUGGAUGAGUGUGAGCGGGAGGAUAAUGCAGGCUGCGUGCACGACUGCGUCAACAUCCCCGGCAAUUACCGGUGCACCUGCUACGACGGAUUCCACUUGGCGCAUGAUGGGCACAACUGCCUGGAUGUGGACGAGUGCUCCGAAGGCAACGGCGGCUGUCAGCAGAGCUGCGUCAACAUGAUGGGCAGCUACGAGUGCCACUGCCGCGAAGGCUUCUUCCUCAGCGACAACCAGCACACCUGCAUUCAGCGCCCAGAAGAAGGAAUGAACUGCAUGAACAAGAACCACGGCUGUGCCCACAUUUGCCGGGAGACCCCCAAGGGGGGCAUUGCUUGUGAAUGCCGCCCCGGCUUCGAGCUCACCAAGAACCAGCGGGACUGUAAAUUGACCUGCAACUAUGGCAACGGUGGCUGCCAGCACACAUGCGACGACACCGAGCAGGGCCCCCGGUGUGGCUGCCACGUCAAGUUUGUGCUCCACACCGACGGGAAGACGUGCAUCGGGGAAAGGAAGCUAGAGCAGCCGGGCCCCCCUCAGGCCAUUUCUAAUGAGACCUGUGCCGUCAACAACGGGGGCUGUGACAGUAAGUGCCACGACGCAGCCACAGGCGUGCACUGCAGCUGCCCCGUGGGCUUCAUGCUACAGUCCGACAGGAAGACCUGCAAAGACAUAGAUGAGUGUCGCCUCAACAAUGGGGGCUGCGACCACAUUUGCCGCAACACAGUGGGCAGCUUCGAGUGCAGCUGCAAGAAGGGCUACAAGCUCCUCAUCAAUGAGCGCAACUGCCAGGACAUAGAUGAGUGUUCUUUUGACCGCACCUGUGACCACAUAUGUGUCAACACGCCUGGGAGCUUCCAGUGCCUCUGCCGCCGUGGCUACCUGCUCUAUGGCGUCACCCACUGCGGGGAUGUGGAUGAGUGCAGCAUCAACCGGGGAGGCUGCCGCGUUGGCUGCGUCAACACGCCUGGCAGCUACCAGUGUACCUGCCCGGGAGGCCAGGGCCGGCUCCACUGGAACGGGAAGGAUUGCACAGCGGGCUGUGCGCUGCCCUGCCUCCGGCAGCGGAUGGAACGGCGCCUGAAAGGCUCCCUCAAGAUGCUCAGAAAGUCCAUCAACCAGGACCGCUUCCUGCUGCACCUGGCGGGCCUCGACUACCAGCUGGCCCACAAGCCUGGCCCAGGCGCAGGCGCGGGGGAGCGAGCAGAGCUGGGGGAGCCCUGUAGGCCCGGGCAGCACCGCGCUGGGGCCAAGUGUGUCAGCUGCCCGCAGGGAACGUAUUACCACGGCCAGACGGAGCAGUGUGUGCCAUGCCCAGCGGGCACCUUCCAGGAGAGAGAAGGGCAGCUCUCCUGCGACCUUUGCCCUGGGAGUGAUGCCCAGGGGCCUCUCGGAGCCACCAACAUCACCACGUGUGCAGGUCAGUGUCCCCCUGGACAGCACUCUGUGGAUGGGUUUAAGCCCUGCCAGCCAUGCCCGCGUGGUUCCUACCAGCCUGAAGCAGGACGGACACUCUGUUUCCCCUGUGGCGGGGGCCUCACCACCAAGCACGAGGGGGCCAUCUCCUUCCAGGACUGUGACACCAAAGUCCAAUGUUCUCCUGGGCAUUACUACAACACCAGCAUCCACCGCUGCAUCCGCUGUGCCAUGGGCUCCUACCAGCCCGACUUCCGCCAGAACUUCUGCACCCGCUGCCCAGGCAACACAAGCACCGACUUUGAUGGCUCCACCAGUGUGGCCCAGUGCAAGACCUCCCCCUCCUCCAUUACCACCUAUGAGACCUGCCAGACCUACGAGCGCCCCAUCGCCUUCACGGCCCGCUCCAGGAAGCUCUGGAUCAACUUCAAGACGAGCGAGGCCAACAGCGCCCGGGGCUUCCAGAUCCCCUAUGUCACGUAUGACGAGGACUAUGAACAGCUGGUAGAAGACAUUGUCCGGGAUGGCCGGCUCUAUGCCUCCGAAAACCACCAGGAGAUUUUAAAGGACAAGAAGCUCAUCAAGGCUUUCUUUGAGGUGCUGGCCCAUCCCCAGAACUACUUCAAGUACACAGAAAAGCACAAGGAGAUGCUGCCAAAGUCGUUCAUCAAGCUGCUCCGCUCCAAAGUCUCCAGCUUUCUGAGGCCCUACAAAUAGUGUCCCCAGAUGCACAGACCCGGUUUUGAAGCUCCCCAACUACUUGGCCCUCAGAGCCGGCAGCUCCCACCCACAGACAAGGAACUCGCCUCCCCCUUCUCCUUCUAGGGAGAGAGAAAAGUCACUCUACAGACUGGGUGCUCCCUGCCUGUCUCCAGGUUCCUCUCUCGCGCUCUCCUGUUUUCCUCCUUCAACUUGCUCCUGGAAAAGCCAUUCAACAGCUGCUUCUGUUCGUCCCUGAGGAACAGGGCCUCUCCCCAGCCAAACUGCCUGUUUCACCAGCCCACUCACGCCCCUACCCCAGCACGUUGGGGGGUGCUGGAGAACCAUAGAAGAAAUGGGUCGAGUGGGGAGAGGGCAGGCUUCUGCCACGGUAGAGUUGCAACCUUGCUAGUCAGUAGCCCUACUAUCCCUCAGCUGGCUGUGUCCCCUGUGGUGAUUCUAAUAGGCUUCAUACCAGCACCCUGGGGCACAUGGCCUGUAGGCCCUAGACCACCCACACAGUAGCUCUUCUUGUCUGUACAGCAUUAACAAUUCUUCCUCCUCCACAUGCCCGCCUGGGGUCUGCCCUUAAGGGCUUCCAGCUGGCCACCCCAACUGGGGCAGUGGACAGCAGCCUAAUGAGGGAGAGCAGCAGGCAUUACCGUGGGGAUAGUGCCAGAAACCAAGGUAUAAAAGCACCGCCAAAAACGAGAGAAUGCAUCUAAAGGGCUUGAAUACAGAAGGAUCAACUUGUCUUCCCUGGCCCAGCCACUUCCCACACACCACCCAAGUGCUCCCUGGGGCGCCCUCCUCCCCUUGCUGAGUGCUGUCCUUAGAGAAACUGACCAGAAGCCAGCCUGGGCCUCGCCCCACAGUUGUCCUUCUCUCGUCAUCCCAGGUGGCUGAUGGGCGCCACCAAAGAGGGUCACUCAACAGCCAGCCCUGGGCCGCCUAACUCCGGCCCCGGGGAGCGAGUUAAGUGUGCACAAGGGAGCCUUCGGUCCCCCCUGAGAAGUGCAAUCAUGAGUCUGUCUCCAUGGUCUAGAUGCAGAGGUUUUUGUUUUCUGGGUAUUUUUUUUUUAAUCUAUUAGAAUAACCCUAUUUAUAGCUGCCGAGAAAGAAGAGAGUGUGUUUGGAGUGGAAGACCAAAGGUUUUGAAUCUCGUGCAGCUGGCGUCCUGACACAUCUAAUGUCUCAUUCCUCCACCAGUGACCACCCGGACUCCUAGAGCCCUUGGCUGAGGUAAACCAGGGCUACAGCUCAAUGUGUAGGGCAGGAAUCUGGGGGAAUCAAGUGAUGGGGCAGGAAGACGAGAGACCUGGGUUCGCUAAGCCAGUGCUGCCAUCCCUGUGCCUUUCCAUGGACUCAGCGUGGACCUGGCUGAUUGUGGAGGCCAAUGGAACUGGUCAGGGAUUCUCUCCCCCAAGUGGAGAACACCUCCACCUUUACCCUGCUGCCCCCUGUCUUCCCCUGACGUGUGCCCCUCUCCAGCCUACUAUGGUGGAACAGGCUCUGAUGAAACCACCAAGGGAUGGGCGUCUCGGGCCGAGUCUAGAAUCAAGGCUGUGGGAGCCAAGAUUAGGACAGGUACCCAGGUAAUGAGGCAGGUGGAGGCACUGGGUGUUGGCUUGGCUUGGGUCACUGCCACCACCAACCUGGCUGCCCUUCCCUCUCAGAACUGACUUCACACUUAGCUUUCUCCAAGUACAGCCUUUCAGGAAGCUGUGCCCAACCUGAUGUGGCACUCUACGUAGCUUCAGCCCAAAUGCUGCCUAUUAAAUCAUUUUCCAUCUCCUCUUUCCAGGACCCCCACCCCCCAAAAGUGGUAGUGCUAGUCAAUUCAGUCAAUGGUACCUCUUAAUUCUUAGGGUUCAUUACUAGUGACUGUCUCAGGCUACUGUCCCAAGGGACUUUAACACUAAGUUAAAGGAGCUUGGCCCUACCCACUGCCAUGGAGUGGAUUCCGAGGCACAGUGACCCUGAGAAAGGAUCUGGAAUCCUCUGCAGAAACAAGAGAAGUUUCAUCCCCUCCCAAGCAGUGGCUGGUGGCUUUGAACCUCCAACCUUGUGGUUAGCAGCCCAACAUCUAACUCCUUCAAACUGCCUCAGCAUUGUCACCCACUGUCUUUGUGUCUGAGUCAAGGCUUUGCUAUGGAAAUGCAGAAUGACAGCUUAUAAGAAGAGGUCAAGAAAAUGCCUUUCUUCAUCUCUCUCCGCCAGGCACUGGGAUUCCUGAUUCCACUCUCCCAGCCAUUCCCACGUCUCUGGGAAGGCCCAAACCAGGUGCUUCCCAUUGAUGCCAUCAGGGUCUGGCUUCACCAAGGGGAUUCAGAGUUCAUGUUAAAUGAAGUGAAAGGAGAGUGGAAUCUUCCCAUGAACUUGAAGCCCCCUUGUACACAUGCACACUUCUCCAACUAGCUCGUUUCUGCACGAGUCCCGCAGUGGGGACCACCAAGGCCACUCAGCUCUCCAGGGGGCUCGUGGUGAGCAGGACAGGACCUGACUGAUGUCUACCACAUCGAAAGUCCAUCUUCCAAGUUGGGGGUUAGGAAAAAAGGCAGUUUCUGUGGAACCGGAGGAGGAAGUUCAUCUGGGAGCAUCAAAGUAGGGGCUCAGUGGAGUGGACAUGGGGAAUCCACACUCAGGGGUCUCUAGGCCUUCACAGGCCAGACAGAGUAAGAGGUAUUUGGCCAGUGUAGGGAAGCUGUGGUAAAUGGGAAUCCCCUGGAAACCAGCCCGAGGCCACUCUCUAGGCAGUGGUCACAGGUCAUGGUGCUGUCCAUUACCCUGAGUGAGGGCUCCAAGUGCAGAGGACACACCAGAGACGCUCUUAUUCUCAGCAAGCCCUCAGUCCCUCUUGUCGGCCUGUUAGCAGACCAGGCCUACUCCGUAACAGAACUGGGUCCGGACUUGAGCUGCCCACCCCACCCCACGACACCCCCAAAUGCGACGCUGGGCUGGGCCUGCUGUGACGUCCCCAGGGCUUGGGUCUUUGGGGUGGUGGCGCAGAGAGUUCCGUGACCCAGUGCUGGCCUUUAGCUUUCAUGAGCUCUCUAUCUGAGAAGAGCUUUGUCUGUGUGAGAAUCUCCAUACCUGCUGCUUCAGCUCAAUACAGCCGCCUCCCCCGGGGGAGGAGGGAGGCACAGAGUGAAUGAGGACGGGCAGAAACGAAUGUUUGUCUGCUUUCCUUCUGGGGCACAAUCCAGCACAGCGAAGGCAAAACACCGCAGCCGUGUCCUUAGCUGUGAGCUGUCUUACAGGUAGCACACCUUGCCCUUGGGCGUUGUGUGGACUAGAAAAACUCUCAGAAACGCUGUCAUUAUAGGGAGUAGAACCCCCACUUCUGUUUAGCCGCUUAUCUAGACAACAGAUGGCAGCAGUUCGGUCGGACGGAAGUCCUUACCCUGUGUGUGGAACUGGAGUUUCGGAGACUCAGCAUCACCAUGUGUGAGGCUUUGUCCUUUUUGAUUUUUGAAUGCAAAAGAAAUCUCAAAAUACUGUGUAUCUGUCUUCCACCGCUGCCGAUAGAGUAAACAGCUACAAGAGCCACAAUAAACAGCAAAUGAUGCAGUUUGUAGACGAUUUUGCACUUGGGGGAAAAAUAUGUAUCUGAACUUGUAAAAAGAAAUGUUUGGAUUUUGUAUCAUCAUUUUUUAUUAUUAUUAAAAUACUAAAUGAAA